GCCAGGGACUGGCAAGCCCAGGCAGGCAAGUGUUGAUACACACAGCUGCUGUCAGGGAAAACAUAAACCGGAGGCGUGUGUUGCCUGUUGCCAGCAGAGAAAAAGCAAUGAAAUGCCCCACAUAUGCUCUCCACAUAUGCAGAGGAAGGGAUCCCAAGACACAUUCAUUGAUCCAGGACAUUCGAUGCUAGCCGAAUCCUGCAGCAGGAAGUCACAGCGAGAGACAGGUAACCUGCAAGUAAAUCUUUAUUUUAUCAGUUUUUUAAAGGGUGACCCUUGGAGCCUUUACAGUUCUAUGAAUCUAUUAUCUGUUUUAACUGUUAAGAGCAUAAGGCGAGCCUGCUGGAUCUAGCCAGGGACUCAUCCAGCCCAGCAACCUGUUCUCACAGUGGCCAACCAGAUUCCCAUUGUGGGAAACCAGCAAGCAGAGCCAGAACACAAGAGCCCUCUGCCCUCCUGCAGACUAUGGAGGCAGAGGAUAGCUAUCAUGCCUAGUUUGUAGCCAUCAAUAGUCCGCUCCUCCAUUAAUUUUAAAAAGCCAUCUAAAUAGGCAAGCCACCCCUGCCUCUUGCAGGAGUCCAUAGCGUUGCAGAGAGACAGAUCCUGAAAUGCAUUUGCUGACCCAGGCAUGAAAUGUUAGCCAAAUCCUGCAGCAGGAAGUCCUGGUGAGAGGCAGGUAAAAGGUAAAGGUAAAGGGACCCCUGACCAUUAGGUCCAGUCGUGACCCACUCUGGGGUUGCGGCGCUCAUCUCGUUUUAUUGGCCGAGGGAGCCAGUGUACAGCUUCUGGGUCAUGUGGCCAGCAUGACUAAGCCGCUUCUGGCGAACCAGAGCAGUGCACGGAAACGCCAUUUACCUUCCCGCCGGAGCGGUACCUAUUUAUCUACUUGCACUUUGACGUGCUUCUGAACUGCUAGGUUGGCAGGAGCAGGGACCAAGCAACGGGAGCUCACUCCGUCACGGGGAUUCGAACCGCCAACCUUCUCAUUGGCAAGUCCUAGGCUCUGUGGUUUAACCCAUAGCGCCACCCGCGUCCCGAGAGGCAGGUAACUCACAAGGAAAUCCCAUUUAUUUAUUUAUUUAUUUAUUUAUUUAUGUGUCUCUGCCUCUCUGCUGUUUCAAAAUAUUGUUAUUUAUUUGGGGAGGGUAUUACACUGUACCCAUAGGAGCCAAUUCCUGGGGACCAAGGUCCCUUCUGCUCCCCCCCAAUAAAAAAUUUGAGAGGGGGCCGGCCUCCCCCAAGUUAAUGGGUAUUGCUGUGGCAUGUGAUCAAUUAUGUGGGACGGGGUUUACCUGCACCCCAUGUUUUAUUCAGAUUGGCAUCCCUGGCCUGAGCCCCCUUCUAAUUCCUGGAUCCAGUACUGAUGUAAUUCCUGGAAUGGCCAAGCUAGCUUCCUAGCAAGGUAAUGGACUAAAUAUUGGUAGUUAAAGUAACCAAGGAAGUGGCUCUGUGCCAGAUGAUUAAUGGGUGGGCCCCUCCUCCCUCAACUGCCUGUUAGUUAGAAGGACAAAAGCCACAUUUGGGAGUUGAGUUGUGUGAGAUUGCAGGCUGGGCAGCUGGGAGACAGAGCCAUGCCUGAUUUCUGCUUGAAUCCAAGCCUGCUACCUUCAGGGGUGCUAAUGCUGUGAACCCUUCCAUCGUAAGCUCAGACCUGGGAGAGCACAGGGUUCAAAUCCCCCCGCUUGGCCAUGAAGCUCCCUUGGCCUUUGGAGGAUAAAAUGGGGAGUGGGGAGGUUAGGCUGAGAGUGAGUUACGGGCCCAAGAUAUCACCCAGUGUGUUUCAUGGAUGAAUGGGGAUUUGAACCCUGGUCUUUUCCAGGUCCUACCCCGACACUCUAACCACUACACUACACUACACAGGAUCUUAUUAUGUAUACUUAGUAUAUAUACAAUAUACUAUAUAUAUAUGGUGGGUGUUCCAUUGUCUCCCAAGAUAGGCAGAUGCCAGCAUAUAUAUGGUAAAAAAUAUACUCUCUACUUAUACAAUAUUGUAGUGGUUCUAGGGGUUGCCCGUGCGUAAGCCAGUGCAAAUACCUGGCUGGGUUGCCUGAGUGAACCUUUUCUGUCUGGACAGCCACUCACCCGUGGCUGUCUCAAUCGCUGGCAGAAUCCGUCAGUGGGCGUUUCUUAAACUUCUUCCAGCAAAGAAGCUCUUUGACGCCUAGUCUCCUCCUACUCUCUCUGCGCGAAAGCCUUCUGCGCAAGGAGGGCGUAGGCAGCGGAGGACCUCUACUCUCCCUGCUGGUCCCCGGCAAGGAGUCAUGGGACCGCCUCGCCGCUUCCCCCAUCUGCCCCCCUUCUCCACUGGUGCUACACUGAUUCUCUUCCCCAGAAGAUGGGCUGCCUCUCCCAAUCUCAGGACGCUCUCUGGAAUCCCUCUGGAUUUUGCUCUCUCCCUCCGGCACUGAUGGCAGUUCCCUGACAAAUAUUAUAUAUAAUAUAUAGAGCUCUGCCUUCUCGAACACCUGGUUUUUGACAUUCUUUUUAAAGGAAAAAACCUAGUCUUAUAUACGGAAAAAUAUGGUAUAUGACCAAUUAUUUUGACAAUAUAUCUAUAUUGGUAUCAUCAAAAAUAUUCAGUCACACUGAUUUUGGACAACAAACAAUAGUGUCUUUGGUAAUAGUUAUAAUUUCUGUCAAAAUUAAAUUCCAAAAAUUUUGCACAAAUUGACAUUCCCACACAAUAAAUGAAACCUACAUUGCAGGGGGUUGGACUGGAUGACCCUUGGGUUCCCUUCUAAUUCUAUGAUUCUAUGGCUCUAUGUACCAAGUUUAUUGCAAUCCCUCCAACAAUAAGGUAAUACAGAAGAAAACUUUUUUUUUUUUUUUUACAUUUGCAAAGGAAUGCAGUACCAUCUGUGUAGUGAUUUCAAGGAGUUUUCCCUAAGAAAACUGGAAACAGACCUUAAUGGCUGCAGUUCUGAAAUUUUAUUGCAAUCCUCAGGAACAAUUUGUGUGCCAAUAUCCAACUCCCGUAUCUUUUAAGCGGUUCUAUAGAUCCAUAAUUUACAUUAAGCAAUAUAUAUACAAUUCAGAAACUAAUCCUUUCCCCUUCUACCCAUUGUGUUUAAUGAAGUUUUGAAUGGUGCUAAGGGUCUCAGAGCUUCUGCUUCCCACCACCAGUCUGGGCAGAGAGCAACCUUGACCUCCCCUUCAGCAGUCAAACACCAGGGCCAGCUCUGAAUUCCUCAGCUCCUUUCCUUGCUCCUACCUGCCUGGGAAGCUGCACCUGUUGGAUUCCUCUUUCCUGCAAAUGGGUGGGUGGGACUCUGCAAUGACCCUCCUGGCUUUUCCCUUAGGCUGAAGGAGGAUUCCUUUGGGAUGGACAAGACACCCCUCCACCCAGGAUUGGGACCUUGGAUCCUGUGACUCUGGGGUAGAGGCUGGCUUCUCGACGAGACUCCCAUCCUGCCAAGAUCCAUCCAUCGGAAGGGGGUCCAUGGAGCUCCAUCCAUCUUCCUUGGUCCCCCCAGCUGAAGGCUGGGGGAUGGAGGGUGGGAGCCACCUGGCCAAAUCUAAAGCCAGCAUCCCAGGACAUUGCCAUAUUGCUCAGAAGUUGUUGGAGGCUCUCAAAAGCAAGUCCCCUCCAGACAAGAAGCUGCAGGAGUUGCAGCAGCGGAUACUGGAGCAGCAACGGCGGUGUCUUGUCCGUGCCCUGGGAGGGGGGAGUGCCCCCACUCUGGGCACAAGGACUCUCAAGAGGAAGGUUGGCAAGCCAGCUGCCCACAUCGUUGACACUCUAGAUCCAGCUUCUGAAGGUGAGUUAACACAGCUAGUUGCUUUGGAAUCACAGAAUUGUAGCAUUGGAAGGGACCACCAGGAUCAUAUAGUCCAACCUCCUGCAGUGCAGAAAUCCCUGCAAAGGAUUAUUAUUAAGAGAAUAGGAAGAGCCUGUUGGAUCAGGUCCAUGGCCCAUCUAGUCCAGCAUCCUGUUCUCACAGUGGUCGAAUGCCUCUAACAACCUAGGAAUCCAGAUAGGUUCAUAGCUGUCAACUUACAGAUUUGAAAAUAAGGGACCAGCAGCCAAAAUAAGGGAUUUUAGUCAACCAGCUCCCCAGCCAAAGGCAGAAAGCCCAGCUAGUCCAGCAGCCAAACGAAGCCUCAAGUGGUGGUUCCCACAGUGCAGCAACCCGCAAAGGGGGUGCAGCAAGGAAAACCACUGUCACUUCUUCGCUGGGAAGCGCUGAGCAAAGGCGAGUCCCCAGGCAAUGCGGCCGAUUUGAUCGGCAUACAAGCUCCACCCCCCAGUCAUUCUUAGACUCCUUAUUGGGUGAGCAACGCAGCCAAGCAACACAGCUGGAGCCUCCCUCCUCCCUGGCCAGCAGGGAGGGAGGGAGAGGAGCUGCUUCCUUUGAAACCCGGGAGAUUUAAGGGACAUCAUCAAUAAGGGACAGCAGCGGGACACGGCGCUAGGAUAAGGGAAUUUCCCGCCAAAUAAGGGACAGUUGACAGCUAUGGAUAGGUUGCCUCUUGGCCUGGAGGUUUCACAAGAGCACCCGAAGAGCCCUGGUUGAUCAGGCCAAGGGGCCCCAUCUAGUCCAGGCUCCUGUUCUCACAAUGGCCAUCCAGAUGCCCAUUAUGGGAAGCCCACAAGCAGGAUGCGAGCACAUGAUCAGCCUCCCUUCUUGCGGCUUCAUGUAACUGGUAUUCAAAGGACCACUGCUUCUGAUAAAGCUCUGCCACCAUGGCUAAUAGCUGUCUCGCGCAGGAAUUUGCCCAGUUUGUCAAAAUUAUUGUUAAUGUUACACCAGUUCACUUAUAAAGGUUGUGUGCACAUUCAAAGCACAUUUCCCCAUGCAAAGAAUUCUGGGCACUGUAAUCUGCUGAUAGUUGCUCGGAAUUGAAAUUGAAAUUGAAAUACUUUAUUAUCACUUGUACAACUUGUAUACAGUGAGAUUACAUGAGCACCCCCCACUCAGCUCUCUUAGUCUUAUUUCCCCUCGUUUACUGACACCCACCCACCAAACCUGAAAGUCAGUUGCCCUGUUGUUAUAUUUUCAUUCAGCAGCCUAACAGCCCACAGAUAGAAGCUGUUCUUUACCCUGUUGGUACAACUAAUCAUACUUCUAUAUCUUCUGCCUAAGGGCAGGAGAUCAAGAAAGUGCCAGCCAGGGUGUGAAUCAUCCCUGAGAAUUUAACUCACUCUCCUGAGGCAAUGUUCUUCCAUCUCAUCCAGCAGAUUCACGGGACAGCCCAUUAUAUCUUGUGCUGUAUUCACCACCCUCUGUAGGCACUUCCUACAAGUUAAUGUCAAACCAGCGUACCACACCGUGAUGCAGUAUGAAAGGACACUUUCUAUUGUGGACCUCUAGAAGGAGAUCAGCAAAUUUUGAUUGACAUUGUUCUUUCACAAUGCUCUGAGGAGAUGGAGUCUCUGUUGGGCUUUCUUAACCACCUGGGUUGUAUUGAUUUUCCAAGUAAGGUCUUCACUGAGAUAAACUCCUAAGAAUUUAAAGGAAGAGACUCUCCCCACACAGCCCUCUCUGAUGUACAGCAGGGCUAGUUCUCCUCUCUUCCUCCAAAAGUUCAACACCAUCUCCUUUGUCUUGCCAAUAUUAAGGUGCAAGUUGUUCCCUAGGCACCAUGUAGAUAUUUUUUGGACCUCCCCUCUAUACGCUGAUUCGUCUCCACCUGUUAUUAAACCCAUUAUGAUGGUGUCACCUGCAAACUUAAUAAUUGCAGUAGAUGGGUCAGAUGAUACACAAUUGUAUGUAUACAAUUGCACAACAACAUGAGGUAAAUUACAGUUCCCAGAACUCUUUGAUGGAAAGAAGGUGCUGGAAUGUCCAAGUGAUAGCAGGAUUUGGCUGCUGGAGAAUAUAUAUUUAUUUGUGGUUUUGUGGUGCAUUGCCAAAAUCUGAGUUUAAUGUAUCAUGUGACUUUUCUCACUGGUGAAGGCCGCAGAGGAACGUCAGGAAAGGAGAAGAGGCGCAAAUCGCACAUGAUUCCUCCCCCUGAGAUGUCUCAGAAAGAGAGAGGUAAAGUUAUGGUGGACUGUGUGUGUGCUGCUUGGACCAAUUCUUCAUUCAUUCAUUCAUUCAUUCCUGCAUUUCAUGCUUUUUGAAUCCGUGCAGCCAGCCAGCCAUUUUUUUUUCUUUUGCAGGACUUAACUGGUAUUCCCCAGUUAUUUCCCAAGACAAGCAUGUCCCCCCUCAUUUAAUCCCCACAACGACAACCCUGCAAGGUGAUUACGCUGAGAGGCAAAGUGACUGUCCCAAGGCCACACAGCGAGCUUCAUGUGCAAGUGGAAGGAUUUGAACCCUGCUCGCCUAGUUUCCCAACCAACACUCUAACCACUCCAUCCUCCACAUGGGUUCCCUCAUGAGGGUUAGCUAUUGAUUAACCUUUCCUGCUCCGUGAAUUUUUUCUGUCCUAUUUUAAAGCCAUUGAAGUUGGUGGCCCAUCAGUUUAACUAAGAACGACUUUCGUUUAUCCAUCCUGGACCUUCCAACUUUCUGCUUCAUUGGAUGCUUACAAGUUCUGGUGUUAUGAGACAGGAAAGAAAACUUUUCUCUAUCUAUUUUUUUCCCUGUGCCAGGCAUAACUUUGUAAACUUAUCCCCUGUUCCUGCUCCAUCAGCGGAGGGGGCUUUUUGCUUGCUGAACCCUAUUUAAAAUGUAUGCAAUAGACAAUAAUUUCCUCCUCCCUCCUGCUUUGUUUUAACGAGUGGCCUGAAAAAUGACUAGUGUGCCUCCCUUGCAGGGAGGGCCGCCGCCACCCACAUUCACCAAGGGAACUGUCAGCAUCAGUCCUCAGGAAGGUCCCUUUCAUCGUUUGUCAGUGGUGAGAUGGAUGGGAGGUCAGAGGUCAGAGGCAAAGCGCUUAGCACCUUGAUGAAUUAGUGAUUUGAAGUAGUUAAUGAAAAAUUAAGCCACACUGGCUGUAAAAUAUUCAUCUAUUCAUGGGAAGGAGGAACGGGAAAGGAGGCUCAGGUAGGUGGGCAAAGAAUCCUAGAAUUGCAGAGUUGGAAGGGACACCCAAGGGUCAUCUAAUUCAGCCCUCUGCAAUGCAGGAAUCACAGCUGAAGAAUCCCUGACAGAUGGCCAUCCAUCAUCCACUUAAAACCUCCAGUGAAGGAGAGCUUUAAACAAGGAAUAGAAUUCAGGAUGGCUACUAGCCAGGAUGGCUCUACUCUGCCUCUAUGGUCAAUGCUUCUGAAUACCAGUUGCUUCUGGAAACCACAGGAGGGGAGAGGGCUCUUGUGCUUGAAUCCUCCUUGCAGGGUUCCCAAGAUGCAUUUGGUUGGCCACUGUGAGGACAGGAGGCCGGACUAGAUGGGCUACUGACCUGAUCCAGCAGGCUAUUCUUACGUUGUUCACAACCCUGCUUGAUCCUAGAAGAAACCCUCCAAAUGAUUUACAAAAAAGGAUUAAAAAAAAAACCUAUCUGUAGCAACGAUAAUUUAGUACAUCUGAAGAGUUAAUAAUAGUGUGAAAAUAGAUUCUAACUCACAUCAGCUUUCUAAACACCUGGACAGGCUUGUCUAAAGAAAACUGUUCUUAGCUGGUGCUGAAAAGAUUACAGUGAAGCUGCUUGCCUGAUGUCAAUAAGGGAGUUCCAGAGUUUUUGCAGGUACAAAUGCAGCUGUCUGGAGAGUGUCUCACUCCUCAAAGACCCUUUUCCAGCUGUGUUUAAUCUAGGAGCCCAUUUAUUUGGUCCUUCUGCCUGGAGGGAAGGCCAGAAGCUGGCCAGGAGGAUCCUGGGCCAACCCCAGAAAUACCCAAGGCCGGGGAACAGCAGCUCUCUAUGGAUGGCAGCAAAGGGCACCCCAGGUAUGUCCUCUUUUGACAUUUCCUCCCCACUCCCAUUUCUUGAGAGCAAAGCUUUAAAAAUAAUUGUGAAAAUAGAUCUCCACUGAAACAAGCAUGGUUUGUUGCAUUGCUGCCUCGUUGUUAACUGGUGGUUUAACAAAAUAAACCCAGUUCCUGGAAACCAGAGAAAGGGAAAGUGGGUCCUGUUUGUUGGCCAUGGUGAGGGCAGGAUGCUGAACUGGAUGGGCCCCCUUUGGACUGAUGAUUCUUAUGGAACUGACAGCUCCAGAGGCAGUCUGUCUUGAUUCCCAGGUUCUUAAGGGUAUUUGGCCACUGUGAGGACAGGAUGCUGGACUACCUGGACCAUUGGCCUGAACCAACAGGCUCUUCUGAUGUUCUUAUGCUUUCCACAGAACCGGAAAAAGGUUUGUUGUCCCAGGUAGAACAAAGCUCUUUAGGAAGAAGAGGUGGCACCCACCGCAAAGAUCAUGCCACGGAGAGAGGAACAGCACAAGCUGGAGAAGCAGAUGGUGCUGCAGGAUUGAACAAAAUCUGCCAAGGCUGCAGGAACCAGGAAUAUCCAUAUCUAGAAAGGGAGGCAGGAAAUCUGCAAAGGCAAACUGGAAGCAAGGGUAAAGCAGGUUGCUCUGAUGGGAUGGAAACCAAGGAUUCCCCCAAGGUCCACAGUGCAUCUGCAGACACUGGGUGGAUGUGCCCCAGAAUACUCUCGGCCAUCCGCAAGGGGAGGGUGAAGGAGACCUCCCGAAUGGAGAACCAGCCCAGGCUGGAUGGACAGAGGAAGAGGAUCCCCUACAAUAUUGAUGAGGUACGGGAAUUUAUGGUGCAGAAGAUGGCAGAAAGGAGAAAGAUGGCCCAGGAAGAAAAGCGAGCUUUAAGGGAGGCGCAGGAGGCAAGGAAGAGGAGGCUAAAAGAGGUGGAGAGGAAGCAGAAGGAAGCCUUCAGCAGAAGCAGGAGGAGAAAGGCUUACACAGAGGAGGAAGUGGGCGGGAAGUUCAACCGGGGAAGCGCGUCCAUGAAGUGCGCCAAGAGUCACUGGAGCCCGGUAAGGAUAUAAGAUGUGUGUUUGAUUGGUGGAAAGAGUGGUUGGUGAGCUGUAAUUCAAAAGUCCAAGAGAGAGCAGCAAAAAAGGGUAAUGCAGAAGGGUUCUGUCUGGUCCCAGUGUUCCUCAAUGUCUUUAUAAAUGACUUCGAUGAAGGAAUUCAGGGGAUGCUCACCCAAUUUGCAGAUGACAGCAAACUGGGAGGGGUAGCUAAUGCCAGAGAAGACAGAAUUGGGAUUCAAGAUGGUCUUAACAGAUUGAAUAACUGGGCCCAAACUAACAAAAUGAAUUUCAAUAGGGACAAAUGUAGGCAGGAAUAGCUAGCUGCUCAAAUAUAAGAUGGGGGAACACCUGGUUUCCCAGUAGGACUUAUGAAAAGGAUCUACGGAUCUUAGUAGACCACAAGCUUAACUUGUGUCUACAGUGUGAUGCAGCAGCAAAAAAAACAACCCCUCUAUACUACUUUUGGCUGCAGCAACAGAAGUAUGGUGUUCAGAUCAAAGGAAGUCAUAGUACUGCUUUAUUCUGCUUUGGUCAGACCACACUUGGGGUACUCAGUCCAGUUCUGGGUGCUGCAAUUUAAGAAGAAUAUUAACAAAUGGGAAUGUGGACAGAGGAGGGUGAUCAAGCUGAUAAAGGAAACCAAGCCUUAAGAGGAAUGGCUGAGGGAGCUGGGUAGGCUGAAGAAAGGGAGACUGAGAGGAGAUAUGAUAGCCAUCUUCAAAUAUCUAAAGGGCUGCCCCAUGGAAAAUGGAGCAAGCUUGUUUUCUGCUGCUCUGGAAGGGAGGACCUGAACCAAUGACAGGAAAUGAGAUUCUAACUGGAGGGCACCAGGUUGGGGAAAGCCCGCCCUAUAAAAUAAUUCCAGCAUUUUUGCAAAGUGGAUGCUCUUUUCCAUUUCAGGAACCGGAAGUCUCACAUUGGGUCCGCCAAACAUCACGUGCUCUUCUGAGGGGUGAGGUGGGGUUUCCCAGGUAAGAUGGUUGCCAUUGCUCCCAGGUGCUGAGGAGUGGGAUAGGAUUGAAGCAACUAGUGCUAUUUUGGGGUUUUUGAAUAAUGUUUUCCUUCCUCUCUGGUUCUUUUGUCUUGUCAGUGAGGAGUGCCCAGAGGCGUCCAAGACAGCAGAAGUGACUGAAAGCUCAGAUUUGUUUCGCACUAGUGUUAGUCACAGCCCUCUAAGGCUGAGGGACCUGGACGUUGCCCCAUUGGAACUGUCCAGACUUUCUCCCCACAGAAGCAAACAAGAGAAAGUCAGAGCCAUUGGCCUUCUUGCCAGGAGCCUCAGUGAACGGCUGGAAAAUGAGACAAAAAGGCUGAGGGCCAGAAACAGGCCACUUGAAUCUUCAGGGGACCAAGGGUGGCCAACGGGACCCCCAUUGCUGUCAGAGGGACCUUCUGCCACCUCAAAGCCUGAGGCUCCACCUGCAGCAUGUGAAAAUGCCUUUUGGGAGCCCAACUAUUUCCGUAGUCCAUCACUGCAUGCUCAGGAGAACUCUCUCCUUCCAGAAGGAGCAGCAGCAGUAGCAACCCAGGCUGCCAUGGAGAGGAUCUGGGCCUUCUUGUCCAUUGCCAGAGUUCAUGGUGAGGGACCGCAGAGGGAUCUUUCCUCUGAGGUGGAAGAGCAACAUGCAGCCAGUGCAAAAAACAUCAAGGAAAGGUGGAAAGGUGAGCUGAGGCGUUUCCUGGGUUGCUGGUCCCUGCUCUACCAACUGAGCUAUCCCAGCACUCAAUAUGUAACUUCCUGUUUCCUCCCUUUACUCUCUCCUCAACCAGACAUGCUCUAUGCUUGCUCCAUUCCCAAGCAAAAGCCUGAAACUGUUUUGACUGUAAAUAUAAGUAUUUUACCUGCAUUGUUUGUAUUGCUGCUGUAGCUGAAGACCAAUGCAAGACUCUUGAGUUAGUAAUCAUAGUCUGUUGUCUGAUUUCUUUGCUUAGAGGGGUAAGAAAGGUGGAAGCCAGCUUACUUUGUUGCUGGACUUGCUCAAGAAGAGGUUUUGUAGCCUAAUUCCUAUACUUCUAAUUUUGCUGCCAAGGAUGGGAUUUAAAAACUCUCUUUAACCCACACACAUGGGUUCCUGGAGGGAUAAAUUGCAACUAAUAUAUCCUCUCUGAAGGUGCCCAGUUGGUUAGAGUGUGGGUCUGAUAAUGCCUAGGUUGUGGGUUUGAUCCCCGCAUGGGACAGCUGCACAUUCCUGCAUUGCAGGAGGUUAGACUGGGUGAUCCUCUGGAUCUCGUCCAACUCUACGAUUCUUACCCAUUAAAACCCAUUUGACACCUAGACGUCAUCCUCAUUGUGAAAAAAGUGAGCUUGGGUCUUAGGCCUCAGAUCCGUCCAUACAUAACCCUUCCUUUUCUUCUAAAGGUUUUCUUGCAAGUAGGGGACGUCAAAGAGGACCCUCCCCCGAGAUGCCAGGUGCCUCACCUGCCACACCACAUCUGCAGUUCCUCACCCAAAGGUAAGCACCUCCUGACCCUCAUGGACCUUCACUGCUGCUGUGGUGCCCCAUCAGAAUGCAAGAAAAGCCUGCAUGACCAAGCCAAUGGCCAGUCCAGCAUUCUGUCCCCACAGUGGCCAGCCAGGUGCCUGCAGGAAACCUGCAAGCAGAACCCAAUCACAAGAGCCCUCUCCUUUCCUGUGACUUCCAGCAACCGGUACUACCUCUGACUGUGGAAGCAGAGCAGAGCCAUUGUGGCUUGUAGCCAUCCAGAGCCCUCUCCUCCAUGAAUUGGUCUAAUCUGCUUGCAGCACAGAGUUAAACUAUGGAAGUCACUGCUGCAGGAGGCAGGUGUGGCCAUCAACAUGAAUGGAUUUAAAAUGAUUAGACAAAUCCAUGGAGGGGAGGGCUAUCAAUGGCUACUAGGCACGAUGGCUGUGCUCUGACACUACAGAUGGAGGCAGCAAUGUUUCUCAAAGCCAGUUGCUGGAAACCACAGGAGGGAUGAGUUCUUGCGCUCAGAUCUUGCUUUUGGGUUUCCCAUUGGGGGCAUGUGGUUGGGGGCCACGGUGAGGACAGGAUGCUAGAUGGCCUGAUCCAGCAGGGCUCUCUUUAUGCUGUUAUGUUCUAAACUCUCCUUGCAAAAUGCAAAUAUCUUAAAAAAGGAUUUUGGGUGCUCCAGUUUACCGGAGAGCUCCUUUCCGUCUUUCAGCUUCUGCAAAUGGUAGUCCAAGGAUUUUGGGAAGCACAGUGACUUUCUGUUCACGAACAGUUCCUUUAUGGCAGAGCUUUCCAAACUUCUCACACUUUUAACACAUGCAUCAUUUCACGAUACAGUAAUCCAUCUUUACCAGCGUGCAGGAAGUUACACUAACCCCUUUCCGGCCCUGAGAGGAGCUUGGGGAGCAUUCACACAACACAACUACACAGUGCAGCUGACACAUGUGUCGUAACACAUAAUUUGGAAAGCUCGACUUUGUGUAGUGCCUGCUUGUGUGGGUGUUUUAAUAUGAACCCAGAGAAGAGGAGCAGUGUUGUGUAGUGGUUAGAGUGUCAGAGUCGGAUCUGGGAGAGCAUGGUUCAAUUCCCCACUCAGCCAUGAAGCUCACUGUGUAUCCUUGGGGGCAGUCACUGCCUCUCAGCCUAACUCACCCUGGGGAUUAAAUGAGGACUAGGACCCUGGGAGAGAGCAGGGUUCAAAUCCCCACAUAGCCAUGAAGCUCACUUGGACAAGUCACUCAUUCUCAGCCUAACCUACCUCACAGGGUUGUUGUGGGGACUCCAUGAAGAGAAGGGGACUAAUCACACCACUCUUGAACUCACUGGAGAAAAAGGGGGGCUAUAAAUGCAAUAAAGAAAGAAGAGCAGUUCUACAGUUGACCACAGGGUGGCACUGCCAGCCCGUGCAAAGGCCAUGCCAGUUGGGUGCGCCAAAGGAUCCCCACAGCUGUUCAGGGACUUGCCUUUGGGGCAGCUGCAUGAGAAGAAGAGGUUGGGAUAGAUCUUGUGGUCAAUCCGUACGGUUUCCAUUUCUUUCAGUUGAGCUGUGUUGGGACAACUGUGAAUUUCCUGGUCUCUCUACUGUGAUUCCUGCUUGCAGGGGGUUGGGUUAUUAUUCCUUCUCCCCCCCCCCACAUAAAAGGGGGGUCUCUAUGACAGCAACAGCUGGGUGUCUUCAGGCCCAUGAAACUCCUUCCUGUCCAGAUGGAGGAAGAGAUCCUCUGCUGUGGCUGACCUGGCUUGGGAGACAAAGUGCAGAAACCAGACAGAAAAAGCUGAGCUGGGUUUUCUUUUCCCCGAUCAGUGUGAUUACUUUGUCUCUUCUGAACUCCACAUCCUUUGUGGGAUGAGAGAUUAGAGGUAUUAAGGUGCUCUCUUUGGGAGCAGGGGGGUGAGAGCGGGAGGCCAUGGCACCCUGCUCCUUUACCAUCAACAAAGGGGGUUUGCAGUGGCAGAGCAUCCCAGGUGCAGGAGGUCCCAGAUUCAGUCCCCAAAUGCAUCCUUAGGUAGGGCUGGUGCCUUCCUGUGUUCCCUGUUUAAUUCAGCAAAAAUGAGAAAUAGAGUCUUACUUUAUUUUAGGGAGUCAUAGCUCAGUGGGAGAGCUCCUUCUUAUUCUCCUUUUCAGUUCUCUUACUAGUUAAUUGUGGAUGAUAUAAAAACAUUUCCCUUCUAUCUGCUGCUGUUCUGUCCCUUCUUUUGGAGCUCCAUAAAAUGUCCAUUAUUAUUAUUAUUAUUAUUAUUAUUAUUAUUAUUAGCUUUUUCACACAUUUCACUCUAAUCCUUUUAGCUCAGCUUGGCAGUCAAGUCUUUGAAGAGGUUCCCUGGGGCUUCCAAGACUUGGCCUUGGUAUCUUUGCCAGGAAUGUCAGAUGCUCUUCCGUCUUCUGUACAGGGAUGGCCAGGGGGGAACUUUAUACAACUUGAGGACCACAUUGUCUUCUCGGAAGCCUUCUGAGGCCACCUGCCAGUGGUAGGCAGGGCCAGAGAAAAAGAGCGCAGAACAGCAAAUGAAAAAUUUAUUAUUCUUAUUAUUUUCAUCACAUGAAAACCUCAGAAUGCAGUGGGCCAUCCUUCGUUGGAGGUUUUUAAGCAGAGGACCUGUCUGAUAUGCUUUAGUUGAGAUUCCUGCAUUGCAGGGGGUUGGACUAGAUGAGCCUUGGGAGUCCCUUCCAACUCUGCAAUUCUAGGUUUCUAUGCUGAGUGUGUGUGGCAUGCUAAAGUCAGAAAGUAAUCACUUUCCCUUGCUUUCUGGAUGAGUAGCUGUCUUGUUCUUUCUCGUACUAAAAACAAAUCCUCUGUUUAAUUAUUGGAGAGGAACCUGAUUGAUAUAUUUAUUUCAUAUUAAUUAAUAAAAUGUAUGCACUACUUGACUGAUUGCUUACAUCCCCUAGUUUCCAAAGCCUGUUUUUAUUAUUGUGAUUUUUCAUAGGAAUCUUUCAUUUUACGUUGCCUGCCAAAGGGUCUUUGUUUUUAAUCAGUAUGGUCCAGCAAAUAAAUAAAUGCAGCUUAUGUUUCUCCCUUUCUGUUCAUAUCAGGCCACAAACCAGCCCCUUGAUGGAAACCUUCAUUGCCCCCCACCAGAAUUUCAGAAUGGAAGACCCCAGGGAGAAGCCCUAUCAUAGGAAGAUUCAGGGUGAGGAGAUGCUCUUCCCAAACCUUUUCUUCUCUCCCUCCCUUCUUCGGUUACAUGGAGUGCCUUCCACCAAGCUACACCCAAGCCAGUCACAGCUAAUUUCUGGUGUCUAUGCUCUGGUGACUUCUAGGAUAGACUGUUGCCUAGCCUAGGGUGGGGUAGGGCUGCCCUUGAAGACAGUUCAGAAACUGUGCCGGCUACCAAUUAGAUUCCAGGCCCAAUUCAAAGUGCUGCUCUUGACCUACAUAUGACCCGAAUCCCUUCAGGACCCUCUCUUCCCAUAUGAACUGACUUGGGCCCUGCAAUCAUCAUCUGAGACCUUUCUCUGUGUGCCGGACCUUAGAAUGAAAAAAACAUAUUAUUAUUAUUGCCUGCAGACAAUUUGUAAAGGCACUUAGUUCAUAGAAUUGUAAAGUUGGAAGGGAUCCCAAUGGUCAUCUAGUCCAAGCCCCUGCAAUGCAGCAAUCACUUUUUAAUGUGAAACUUGCUGCUUAUCAAACUCAUACAGCAAAAAGGAGAAAUAAAAUAUUUAUUAAUUAAGACAGCAUAUAUUUUCUAUUUUUAUAUUUAUUUCAUAAAAUGUAUAUACUGCUUGAUUGUAAAACAAAUCAAAAGCUCAAAGAGGUAUACAAAGAGAUAAAAUAAAUUAUCAAUAAAAAAAAUUUGCAACCAUAGUUUAAACCUUCUAAGCAUCCGGACAGGCUUGUCUAAACAGGAAUGUUAUUAGUAGCCACCAAAAUGAGUGCAAUGUAGGCACCUGUUUGAUAUCAAGAGACCGGGAGUUCCAAAAUUCCAAUAUCUGAACUCAUUAGGUGCCUCUUAAACUACUGUUCUCCACUAAUGCAAGUUAUACAGUAAUAUAUGUCCCCCUGGAGGGGCUCCACUGUCUUUUUUAUGCCACCAGAGAGCGCUGUUCUCUUACUAGUUAAGCACAAGGUUAUUAUAAAAUACUGUAGUGCCUUUGGCAAGGUUUAAACCAAGGGUCAGCAACCUUUUUCAGCUGUGGGCCGGUCCACCGUCCCUCAGACCAUGUGAGGGGCCUCACAAAUAACCCAGAUAUGCAUUUUAAAUAACAGGACACAUUCUACUCAUGUAGAAACAUGCUGAUUCCUGGACCAUUUGCGGGCCAGUUUGAGAAGGUGAUUGGGCUGCAUCCGGCCCCCGGACCUUAGGUUGCCUACCCCUGGUUUAAACCACCCACUUAUCCCAAACAGAGAGCAAUAGCCUCCCAUCCCUGGAGCAGAGUCCUGCUGCAGCUGCAACUCCAUGACAAGACACCUGAUUUGCAGGUUCAGUUCCAGCAUCUUCAGCCCUUUCCCCAGAACCACAAGGACUAUGAUCUUUAUUUGUAGGGUAUGGGGCAUUGCUCUGCUGCAGAAGGCCACUGCGUGCAGAAGGUCUCAGAUUCAAUCCCCUGCGGUUCCUCCAGGUAGGGCUGGGAAUACCCGCAGAGGUACUGCUGCCAGUCAGUGCAGGUAAUGCUGAGCUAGAUGGGCCAGUGGUGAUAGAUAGAAGGCAGCUUGUUUUGCGAUGUUUUUAAAAGUGCAGCCUCAUGAAUUUGGAUUAAGUGAUUAUUGCUGACACUGUUUUUAAAACAGGGCAGAGAAUUUGCCACUGAUGGAACAGACUGCUGUCCGGCCUAAAAUAAGAAAAAAAACACCUAAUCUUUUCUUCCUCCAUUGCUUAUCUUAAUUAGGAAUUUUGUUGGAUUUUGCUUAAACCCUGCAAGGGUGUCAGCGAGAAGCAAUUUAGCAGACUGGGGCUGGAGAGUGGUUUUUGAAUAAUACCUUGAGAUGCAAACUGCUUCUCCUGGGAGUUAAAUAGGGCGUGUGACACUUCAGACAGUUAAUGCGAGACUCUCUGUGCUCUAAAACACUCAGGAUCACGUGCGUAAGGGAGAGGAGGGCAUUACGUAGGCAAAUGUCAGAACAGGAUGAGAAAAGCCACCACCUGAUGACUGCCAAACACAAAUAUUAUUGGGUAGAUUCUAAAGAAAGCCCUUCUUCCCACAGCACAUAGUUAAACUGUGGAACUCCGUCCCACAGGAGGCAGUGAUGGGUGGUUUUGAAAGGGGAUAUUGAUGGCUACUAGCCACCGUGACUAUUCUCUGUUUCCCUGACUGGAGGCAGCAGUGCUUCUGAAUGCCAGUUACUGGACGCCACAGGAAGGGAGGGUGCUCUUGCACUCGGGUCCUUCUUGAGAACAGGGGCUGGACUAGAUGGGCCACCUUUGGCCUGAUCCAGAAGACUCUUCUGAUGCUCAUAUGUUCUUUCUUUAGGGCUCCAGCCUAAGGCAUCUGCUGGCAGUCUCCCCCCCCAGGAGCACCAGGUCUCUGGCCUAAGGUCCCCUCCCACCAACCAGCUCCCUGGCGGAACCAUCCCUGCAAAAGAAUCUGGUGAAAUGAGUGAGACAACGGAUCCCACCAGCCAGGUAUGGGGCUUGUACUUCCCACUCAUUUCUAAGCCAUAUAUGAUUUGGGGGUUAUGAAAGGGGGGCCCCCUUCAGAGGUGCUGAUAUUCUAUAUUACCUCUCCUGGUAUGUCCCACGGAGAACCUUACGGUCUUCAGACAAAAACAUCUUGGAGGUCCUGGGCCACAGGGAGGUUAGGCUGGCCUCAACCAGAGCCAGGGCCUUUUCUGCUGUGGCCCCAAUCUGGUGGAACGCUCUGUCACAAGAGACUAGGGCCGUGUGGGACUUAACAUCUUUCCGCAGGGCCUGCAAGACAGAGCUGUUUCACCAGGCCUUUGGCCAGGGCACAGCCUGACCCCCUCCUUUGGUAAUCCUCAUAGAACUCUAUGAGGAUUUCCCAGUAGUGAUGUAUGGAAGUGAGAGCUGGACCAUAAAGAAGGCUGAUUGCUGAAGAAUUGAUGCUUUUGAAUUAUGGUGCUGGAGGAGACUCUUGAGAGUCCCAUGGACUGCAAGAAGAUCAGACCUCUCCAUUCUUAAGGUAAUCAGCCCUGAGUGCUCACUGGAAGGACAGAUCCUGAAGGUGAGACUCCAAUACUUUGGCCACCUCAUGAGAAGAGAAGACUCCCUGGAAAAGACCCUGAUGUUGGGAAAGAUGGAGGGCACAAGGAGAAGAGGACGACAGAGGACGAGAUGGUUGGACAGUGUCCUCGAAGCUACCAGCAUGAGUUUGACCUAACUGCGGGAGGCAGUGGAACACAGGAGUGCCUGGCAUGCUCUGGUCCAGGGGGUCAUGAAGAGUCGGACACGACUAAACAACUAAACAACAACAACAACAUAGAACUCUAGCCCAAUGGUUGUCAUUAAUUUGAUUUUGAAUUGAUUUUAGAAUGAAUUGAUUUUAGAAUGCUGUAUUACUUUUACUGUUGUUAGCCACUCUUCAGCUGGGGAGGGCGGGAUAUAAAUAAAAUAUCAUCAUCAUCAUCAUCUUCAUCAUCAUCAUCGAAUAAUAGAAUUGUAGAGUUGGACGGGGUGGCCAAGGGUCAUCUUAUGGAACCCCCAGGCCCAGGAACACUCUAUCUCGAUUCCCAAGUUCUUAGGGGUAUUCAGCCGCUAUGAGAACAGGAUGCUGGAUUAGGCGAGCCACUGUUGUGAUCCAACAGGCUCUUCUUAGGUCAAAGGGGAGGCAGCCUUAUUCCCUCUGUUCCUCUGCUUCCCUUCAGGCAGAAAUCCAGCACCUGCAGAACUUCUCCAGGUCUUCCCACCAGGAGAGGCAGUUCCUCUUGCAGCAGCAGAAUGAGCUCCUGCAGGAGGAGAGGUAGACAGCGCAGUGCUGGCAGCAGCUGCUCAGGCAGGCAGAGAGGACGCCCCUCUGGCCUCUGGGCAGGAGACGAUCCUUUUGGGUUUUUUUACAGGAGGGCCCUGAGAUGGAAGUUAAGAACAUAAGUACAUAAGAAGAGCCUGCUGGAUCAGGCCCAUGAGCUACCAAGCCCAGCAUCCUGUUCUUGCAGUGGCUAAGUGUCUCAUAGGACUUAGUAAUUCAGAUAGUCUGCCUCUGCAUCUGGAGGUUCCAUAAGAGCAUCAGAAAAGCCCUGCUGGAUCAGGCUAAUGAUGCACUUAGUCCAGCAUCCUGUUCUCACAGCGGCUGAACAGUUGCAAGCAGGAUCAGAGCACAAAACCCCUCUCUCCCUGCUGCAGCUUCAACCAUUUCUGUCUCAGACAGUGCAGGAAGAGCACAGCCACUGUGGCAAGUAACUAUCAUUAGCCCUUCUCCUCCUCUACGAAUUUGUCCAGUCCUCUUUUUAAGCCACCCACCUUACUGCCUCCUGUAGCAGUGAGUUCCAUAGUUUAACUAAGAAGUGCUUUUUUAUCUGUCCUGAAUCUUCCAACACUCAGCUUCAUUAGAUGGCCCCGAGUUCUUAUUUAUUUAUUUAUUGCAUUUAUAUAAAACCUUCAUUGUCCAAGGACCUCAAGUCGGUGUACAUGGUUCUCUUCCUCCUCCCCAUUUCAUGCUCACAGCAUCCCUGUGAGGUAGGUUAGGCUGAGGCAGUGACUGGCACAAGGUCACCCAGUGAGCUUCAUAGCCAAGCCUUUGGGCAGCAUGCAGUUGGACUUACUUUCCUUUGUAUAAAACAAGCCUGAAGGAGGCCCCCAACUUGCUUACAGGUCCUUGUAUCAUCAGUGGAAACAGUUGGUCCUGGCAAGUAUUAACCACUCUCAGUUCCAACCUGAUAAUUGCCACCUGCCCAGAUUUUAACUUGUCUGAAUUAAUUUUAAGAUGUAUUUUAAUUAAUUGAUGCCUGUUUUUAUGCAUAUUGUGUUGUUUUCAUGAUGUUAGCCGCUCUGUCACCCAGGGAGGGCGGGAUACAAAUAAAUUAUUGUUAUUAUUAUUAUAGGUAAGUGGGGAUUCGAACCCUAGUCUCUCAGGUCAUAACCCAAUACUCUAAACCAUCACACCACACUAUUAUUUGAUUUGGAAAAAUAAAAAUGAAAUGAAAAAACCAGUAUCAAAAAUUAAAAACAGGCAGCAAAGAUUAAAACGUCCCAGAAAAUACAAAAUAAAAAGAUAUUCACCUGAUGCUAAAAAGCUAAUGCCUUGAUACUUACUUUAUGCAGGUUGUUUUGUUUUAACCAGAGAAACACCAGCUGUGGAGUGGAGACCACUUUAUGACUAGCACCCACAAUAUUACCAACAUUAUUCCAUUCCAGUCCUUGGAAAAAUUGUGCACCCUUUUUUCAAAUGGUCAUGAAUACAGUGAAAAAUGAGCAUAAAUAUACUGCUUUAAAGACAGAACCUCUGUACCUAACUAAUGUUAGGGACCCAUCGGGGAGUCUCCCUUCCUGCUGUUUGCAGGAUGCUAAUUUCACAUUUAUUUAUCUAUUUAUUUAUUUAUUCAUUUCAUACAUCACUUAAUCGUAAAACAAAACAAAAAUAUCAAGGCCGUUUACAAAAAAAUGAAUGACAAUAAUUGGAGACUUUCAAAAAGUUAAAAUAGUAAUAAAUGGAUUGAAACUCACAUCAGUUUUCUAAACACAGGCUUGCCUAAACAAAAUGUUUCUAGCAGGUGCUGAAAAGAAUGCAGGGAAGACACCUGCCUGAUAUCAACAGGCAAGGAGUUCCAAAGAUCGCCACACUAAAAGAUUGAAUUCUUGCAAAUGCAGAACGAGGAUUAUAUAGCCAUCCAACUUCUGUUUAAAAGCCUCCAACGACAGAGAAGCCACCAUCUUCCAAGCUCAUAGAAUUGGAGAGGUUGAAGGGACCCCCAAGGAAGGGUAGUCUCAGCACAACCCCUUGCAAUGCAGGAACUUCAGCCUUAUUACUUCAAAAUAAACUCUCUCCCUUCCCAUUUCAGGAUGCUGGAGAACCAACCUGUUUUGAAAGAGCUCUUGUGCUGGGGAAGGAGGAGGAGGAGGAGGAGGAGGAGGAAGGGGGCAAGAAGGAGACCUCCGGUCCAGGAUCCUUCAGUGUAGCAUAUUCAGGGAGUUCAGGAGGCAGAAGCAGCCAACGACGACUCCAGGAUGAGGCUUACAACACGUAAGGAAUGAAAAGACAACCCCCCCUUUUUUUUUUGCUUAAAAGUGGCCGCUGGUCUGCGAUGUCAAGUGGACAAGGACUUAAGUUAAAAACUCCCCAUUGUUAUGUGCUAGUUAUUUACUUCUUUUUAUUUAUUUGUUAUAGUUCUAGCCCAGGGGUCAGCAAACUUUUUCAGCAGGGGGCCGGUCCACUGUCCCUCAGACCUUGUGGGGGCCGGACUUUAUUUUUUUUUGGGGGGGGGGAGAACGAAUUCCUAUGCCCCACAAAUAACCCAGAGAUGCAUUUUAAAUAAAAGCACACAUUCUGCUCAUGCAAAAACACCAGGCAGGCCCCACAAAUAACCCAGAGGUGCAUUUUACAUAAAAGGACACAUUCUACUCAUGUAAAAACAUGCUGAUUCCCGGACCGUCCGUGGGCCAGAUUUAGAAGACGAUUGGGCCGGAUCCGGCCCCCGGGCCUUAGUUUGCCUACCCAUGUUCUAGCCCCUUCCCCAGGAGCUCAGGGUGUCAUGCAUGGUUUUCUCCUCCUAGAUGGGCCACUGGCCUGAUCCAGCAGGCUCUUCUUAUGUUCUUACGCCAGGAGAGAUGGACCCUUGGUCUGAUCCCGUCCAACAGCUGUCCAUUUCUCCAUUUUCUGGCUCUGCCUGUCACUGUCUCCCCAGAACAGGUCAAGUCAGGAGGGCCUGCCUGUGUGACACUGAGCAAGUGCUAAGGGCGCUUUACGAUGUUCCAGUGGGGAGGCUGCAGGCGUUGCCCACCCUCUCUGCUCCACAAGCCCACCACAAAUCCUACCCCCGCAAACCCUUCAUGUACUGUCAGUUCCCAUAAACCAAGCAUUGGGAGCCAGCGGAAGGCUGCAUGUUUUGUUAAUGGAAAGGCUCUCCAAUAAAUCUUUGCAUGGAGCUGAUCUAUAAGUCACGUCACUAUUGAUUAUAGGUCAGCCGGGCCUGUCGAAAGUAUGGCUGCCUUCACUUUUGCUUCUUGUUGAUGGGGCGAGGAAUGGGGAGAGAUGGCUAACCCAGCUCCACCACAAACACACUGUCCUUGGAAGUGUUUGGAUGCCUUAUUCCGUUUCCGUAACUCAUUUAUUUCAUGACUCAUUUAUUUCAUGAGAUUUAUACACCACUUGAUUGUGUGUGGGAGGGGAACCCUCAAAGCAGUUGACAAAGAUGAAACGAGAAAACCAAGGAAAAAAUUAAAUACUUUAAAAAUACAAGUAGUUAAAAUAUUUGAACAAGUGAAAAUUCACACCUGCUUUCUAAGCAUCCGGGUAGGCUUGUCUAAACAAGAAUGUUUUGAGCAGGCAUUGAAAGGAAUACAGGGAAGGUGCCUGCCUGAUAUCAAUAGGCAGGGAGUUCCAAAGUGUAGGUGCUGCUGCACUAAAAGAUUCAUGUUAUCGCAAACGCAGAAGGGGGAUUAUGGGGCACCUGUGGAAUGCCAAUUCCACCAUUUGAAGCAGUUGAGUGGGCACAUGUGGGGUAAGGGGAUUUUGUUGGUAAACUGGUCCCUAGUCGUUAAGGACUAAUGGGACACCUUGAACUUGGCCCGGUAGCAGAUCAAUAACUAGUUCAGUUCUCUGAGCACAGGUGCUGACAAAUCCUCAUUCCUUGAUAAGGCCAGAAUUCUGCACUGACUGCAGCCUCUGGAUCAAGGGAAACCCCACAUGGAACAAAUUACAGUAACCAAAUACUGGCAUAUAGAGGCCUCUCAAUGGUUGUUAGCUGUGAUAACUGGGCACAGGACUAGUAGUAGCUAGGACUCCCACAUUGUAUGGGUUUGGACUAGAUGAUCUAGUCUACACUUCUAUGAUUCCAUAACACCACAAUUGAUUUGUCGCCCUCUCUCUGUAUGCAGCCUUGGCACUAAGUGUGGGAAAGUGUCAUCACACAGGCAUCAAGUGAUGGCAGCAGCAUCCCCUGGUUGGAAGCCACAGCUGGGGUGUCAAGAGGCUGAGCAUCUUAAUUCUUCCAAAGAAGGAUCUGCAGGUCCCAUCCUAGAGCCUGGUGGCUUGGAGAUCACAGGUAAGGAUAGAAAAGGUGCUUGUGGGGCACAUUGCAGGAUGUGUUUGUGAUGGGGAAAGUUUACAGCAUUUGGGACUUUUUACUUUGGAGAAAAGAUGAGCAAGAGGUGAUGCGAUAGACGUUUAUAAAAUGAUGCAUGGCAUGGAGAAAGUGGAGGAAACUUUUUCUCCCUUUCUCAUACCAUGAGAACUCCAAUGGAGAGUGUUGGAAGAUUCGGGAGGGAUAAAAGAAAGUCCUUCAUAGUUAAACUAUUGAAUUUGCUUCUACAAGAGGUAGUGAUGGCUACCAAUGUGGAUAGCUUAAAGAAGAUUGGACAAAUUCAUGGAGGAGAAGUGUAUUGAUGGUUACUUGCCAUAAUGGCUAUGCUCUUCCUCCACCUUUGGAGGCAUCAAUGCUUUUGGAUACCUAUUGCUUGAAGCCACAGUAGAGGCAGAGGGUUCUUGUGCUUAGAUCCUGCCUGCAGUUGUCCCAUCCAGUUGGCCAUAAUUUUUCCUAUUUUAUCUGGAUUUGGUUGUGUUCUAGGUGUAUUAUUGACCACUUGGUUGUGCUUUCACAAAACCAUGACCUUAUAUUUGCAGUAUCAUUUCUCUCUCUGUGCAAUAACCAUUUCUCCACUCUGCAUCCUUAAGUUGUGGACCAGAUAAUGUCAAACAGGCAUGCUGAUUUUUCUUCUGCGCCUCUCAAACAUUUGCAUUGUUACUUGUGACAAAAUAAUUUUCAAAAAAAUAAAAUAAAAUCAGCUAGCAAGUAAGAACUGCCUGUCUUCUGUUUCCUUCCAGAUCAUGUGGAAAAUGAGGAAGAGCAUUGCAGGGAGAACGUUUGCCUGACAGAGAAUCCCAAAGAAGAUAACAAUCCUCGUAGUUCAACCUCAGACAGGAGUCCUGGGAGUUUGUCUUCUGCAACAUCCUCUGCCAAAUCAUUUGGCUUUUCUCAAAUGCUGGAGAGUCCCAGGUCUGGUUCUGAAUUUCUAAAGGCCCAUGCGGUUCUAGUCAAUAUCUCCAGAAGCUCCCUUUCUGCCUCUGAUUUCGAAGAGGAAGAUUCCUCUCAAGACACGGAUGUGAGCCUGCCAGAGGAAUUUGCCUUCCAGGAACAGCCCCCUGACAGUUGUAGUGGCAACAGGAUUCCUAUAAUCUCUGCUGUGCCACAGGCGGAAACUGGUGUGGAUGGAGAGUUGCUGUCAUCUGGCAGCAAACACCAUUCCCGAGCUGCUUCUUGGAGUGUCCAUUCAAAUCAAGAUGGCAUGCCACCUAUGUGCAGCCAGGAAAAGCCCCCGGAAGGCAGGCCAGAGAGCGAAUCUGAUUUUGUGGUAUUAUCAAACAGUGGAGGGCCAAGACCCCUUCUCUUUCAAGCCCAGACCCCAGAGACCAGAGAAGACACAAACUCUUCCAGAGUUUCAGACCAGUGGCCUAAUGCAAACAGCAAGGGCAAGAUGUUGUUUCAUAUAUGGGCUGGGGCAGAGAAGAGCACUUCCUCACCUAGCUGGGCCUUUCAGCAUUCUGAGGGUCAGGACCCUUUAUCAACCCUCAGCAAAGCUGAAGGAGAUGGUGAAGAUCAAAACACAUCCAAAUUUAAAAGCCAACACGAGCCUGUAAGAGAAGCACCUACAGUGUCUUUGAAAAGUGUGAAUCCUAUCACUGACCAGCUCCAGGAUUCACUUGGUUCCUCCAAAUCCCAGUCCAUUUUGGAGAGUGCUACAAGUUAUACAGAAAAUUCAGGUGAUGAAAGUUGCUCCAGCAACAGCAGGCCGUGUGAAGGUGCUACUGCACAGAUCACUGGAGUAUCUUUAGGCGAUGAAGAGGAUAGCACCUGUUUGCAUUCCCCUGAAACCACAGAUCUGGCAGAAGAAGGAAAUCAAAAUGCAAUACAUAGUCAAAGCAAAAAGGAAUCUGGGGCGGCAGUGCCUGGUUCAAGUUCCCCCAAACCUAUGGAGGAACCCCAAGUUAAGAGCUGCCUUUUGCAAAGCGACGAAGGGACUUUCAGCGAUGAGCUUCUGUCUCAAAUGAAGGAAGAUCUGUUAUCACCUGUUGACGAUUUUCUGACAUAUGGAAGCAAUGAUAUGCCAUCUCUGACCGAACAAGAUGUCUCCUUUUCCUCCCAAGGCGAGGAUCUUCCCGCACCCCCUGAGUCUCCAUCAGAGCAACUUCUGUUCCCUACAUGAAAUCCAUGGAAACAAAUGACCUGUCCUCAUCUGUGUGUAGGCCAGAGGAGGUUCAUAGAAUCAUAGAACUGUAGAGUUGGAAGGGAUCCCAAAGGGCCACCUGAUCUGAUUCCUGAAAUACAGGAAUCACAGCUAAAGAAUCGUACAGCAUCUACAGUUGCCAAGGCGGGCAGGGGGAGAAUAUCAUUAAGUGGUCCAUCAAGACCCUUAGCAAUUUUCAAGUGCUUUGUUGGUGUGGGGAAAAGUUUGACCCAUGCUUUUCUUUUUUUUAAGGUAUGGCAUAAUCAAAAGCCAGGGUGGCAUUUUAGGGGGGCGAUUUAUAGUUUUAAAAAAUUAACGAAGAGGAUAUAAAGGACCCAUCUCGAGCAAGUGGUGCAAUUGGAGAGCGGCCCUUUAGAACAGAUUAAUCAGGAAGCUGAGCCAGGGAAGGAGUUAGCUAUAAAAUAACGGAUUGGAGAGUCAAAAUGGGGCUUGCGGAACACGGGAGACAUAUUAAACUCCCUUUACCAUUAUGUGCCCAGCACUCUCCAGGCUGACAGCCAGAUAUAUCGUUACCAGCGAGGCCUCCGUCUCGUGAUUCUCCUUCUUUCAAGGUCUAAUAUUUUCUUUGCCGUGCCUUUGAUCAAUAUUAACCUCUUGGGUCAAUAAAUCUUAGUAGCGGCCUCCAGAGGAGUCAUUAGCUUUCAUAGGAAAUGAUUAUUUCUCCGUUAAACUCUGCAUUUCAUUUGCCCACCAUCCAUCUUUUUCAGACACUGGCGCACGCAGCAAUCCUUCCUGAAAACAAGGGCCUCUAUGAGGUAUAAACGGCAUCCUGUUCUCCAUCCCUUAAAAUGCUUUGGGUUCAUUUAAAUUCUGUUCAGGGACCACAAAGUGGUUUCCUGCACUGAGAACAGUUUUAAAAAGAAGCAGCGGCUCACACGGAAGCAGAGAAGUCUCUUGGUUAAGCUUGAAAUGAAAAAGGGUUCCACACCAGCCGUUUGAGUCAGGAUUCCCUCAAGGAAUCCUGGGAACUGUAGUUUAAGGGUGCUGAGAAUUGUUGGGAGGCCCCUAUUUCCUUCACAGAGCUACAGUAUUUCCAGUGUGGCUUAAUAAUUAUAGAAUUGUAGUGUUGAAAGAGAGCCCAAUGGUCACCUAGUCCAACUCCCUGCAAUAUUGCAAUCCUAGCUAAAGAAUCUCUGACAAGUGGCCAUCCAACCUCUGCUUAAAAAGCUUCAACAAAGAAGAGUCCAUCACCUUCUGAGGGAGUCCAUUCCACUGUCAAUCAACCCCUCUUCCUGGGGACGUGUGAAAUUGUAGCUCUGUGAGGGGUGGAAACUACAGUUCCCAUGAUUCUUUGGAGGAAGUCAUGCAUUUUGAAUGUGUGUUUAAAUGUAUGGUGUGGUGCUUCACAUCAUAACAGAGAGUUGGAAGAGCCCUGAGGGCCAUCUAGUUCAACCCCCUGCAAUGCAGAAAUCUCAACUAAAGCAUUCAUGGUAGAUGACCAUCCAACCUCUGCUUAAAAACCUCCAACAAAUGGGAGUCCUAUCCACCUUCUGAGGGAGUUCAUGCCAUUGUCAGAUUUUCUCUCUCUUUAAAAUGGUUAUUAAUUUAAAAAUGCUUUUAUCAUAUAGUUGUUUUUUUUUUAGGUUUUAAACUUCUUUGAUAUGUUUGGUAAUUUAGCAGUAUAGAAAUAAAUAAAGUGUUGGAAUAAAAAAAAACAGCUACAAGGGAUAGUGAAUUAUUUGAAAAAAAACUAAGAUUGCUCUUUUUAUACCAUGUGCUUGUAUGUCCUGUUUUAUUGUAUACUGCACACACACGCAUACACACGGCCAUUCUAGAUUUUUGUAUGUGCUACUAUAGCCUUUUUCAACCUGGUGCCCUUCAGACGUUUCAUUUUUAUUAUUGUGUUUUUAACAUAUUAAUCACAUCAAACUUGUUAACAUUUUAAGCAUUGUAGAGCAAUGUUACGAGACUAAUACAUUACUAAUCUGAAACAGUAACACAUUGUUACUGGAAAAAUCAGAGGGCUCUCUUGGACAAAAUAAAGACACCAACCAGGAUAACUUGGAGCAAAACAGCAGCCUGUAGGCUUGGCCUUUAUUGAACUGUUGCAACAGGGUGUUCCCCUCACUUGCGAGAGAGAGGAAAGACCCAGAAAGAUGGUGUGCAAGACCUUAUAAAAACUUUUGAAAUUCCCAUCCUCUAGGUCAAGCCCACCCCCAGAAACAUCAUGCAUACAUUACAGAAAGGAGGGAUUGACAUCAUGCAUACAUUACAGAAAGGAGGGGUUGAGGGAGGAGUUGUGGUGGUAACCUGAGUGUCCUGUCACCUGGCUGGUUCCUCCUUUCCCCCUCCCCAUGAGUCACUUCCAGGAGACAAAGGGGAGUUGGCAGUUUCCUGCCCCCAGAGGGA